GCCAUCAUGGGUGAGGUUCAGCAAGCCAUAUUUCUACUCCUUAACGCGUUCCACAAGUAUGCUGGCAAGGAGGGUGAUAAAGACUCUCUGAAUAAAGGAGAGUUGAAGGAGAUGCUCACCAAGGAAUUUGGGUUGGAGUUGGGAAAAGCCAAGGACCAGGCGGCUAUUGAUCGCCUCUUCAAGGAUCUGGAUGCCAACAGUGACAACAGCGUGGACUUCCUGGAGUUUAUCAACCUGGUGGCUAGCCUUGCUAUGAUGUUGCAUGAGUGCGUGAAAAAGCAAUAA